GAUCACCUACAAAAAACAAAACUUUUGUAGAGUUCUUGUGCAUAUGGACCUUUCAAAGUCACCCCCUACUUCGUUAAAGGAAAACCUUGGAGGAACAAAGGGUUUUGGAGAAGGCGAAAGUAGAAUUGAUGAAGACCACACUUAUGGCUGAGACAAAAGCUGCAGAGGAGGCCAAACGGACCUCUCAUUUAGAUGACAAUGAGGCCACCAAGGUUAAGGAGAAAGAGGCCACUGCUAGACUCAGGGGGAAGACUACUCUACUAGAGAAGAACAACAAUGACCCCUCUCCUUCCUUCCCUAAAGUUGAUGGUGAUGAUGGGUUCAAUGUUGUGGGGAAGGGUAAACUCACAACACAUCCAUUGAAAAAAGCCAUCCAAGCACCAAAACAGCCACCAUACAUAAGUGAGACUAGGGGAAGUGGUCGUGGACAAAACUAUGGGUAUAGAGGGGGUACUAACAAAGGAAUAGGAAGGGGCCCUGGCCCUUACCGUUGAUGAAGGUACUAUGAUGGAACCUUAUUGUAGUGUUGUGUGUGCCAUUUCACAGAAGUGUUUCCACAUUACUUUUGUUUUUGCUCUAUAUGAUGUGACCGUGAGGAGAGGUUUAUGGGAGAGAUUGUCUAAUGUUGCUGGAAGGAUAAGUACUCCUUGGGAAAUUUUGGGUGACUUCAACUCUGUUUUGAAUUCUAGUGAAAGUGUCAUCUACCAUGCUCAUGCCUAUGCCAUGACUGACCUACUCCAAUUCAGAUUGAAUACUGGUCUACUUGAUGCCAAAUCUACUAGACUGCAAUUCUCAUGUAAUACAGGGAACAAAUGGGC